AUGCCGAAGGAAACUUUGGUGGUUUCUAAAAGUGAAGAAUUAGCUUUUGAAUAUUUUUUAAGUUUUAACAAAUUUUCUAGUGGAUCAUCUUCAUUUCUAGGUCAAGUAACAAAGGCAAGUUUUUUCUCUUCUCUGGCCUCUUCGGGUUCAAAAUCGUCCCUAAAUAGUUUAAAUAAUGAGUUUGAUCAUCUUAGUCUUUAUGAGAUCAAAAAUUCAAGUCUAGAAACUGAAAAGUAUAAAACCAUUUUAGUAGUCUGUGAUAAUACAGAUGAAUUUUAUGGUGAAAAAGGUUUAUCCAAUUUAACUCUUUUUCAUAAUUCACUUUUACCAAAUGGUAAAUUCGUUAUUGCUAUUCCUCCAAAUUCAUCACAUGAACAAGAAAUAAAGAAAGAAAUGAUGUAUAGUGGAUUAAUAGAUGUAGUAUCAUCGGUAUAUUAUUUUACUACAUUUAUAACAGGUGUGAGACCGAAUUGGAAGUCAAAAACUGAUAAAAAAUCCCCCAGUAUGAUUGAUGCUGCUCCUAUUGAUGGUUACAUUUCAAAGGCUCCAGAUUAUGAAUCAUGUUCCACAAAGCCUAGAGCAUGUGCAAAUUGUACUUGUGGAAGAGCUGAGAGGGAGAAGCUAAAUUCUACGGACCUAACUUCGGAUGUGGAUGCACCAACUUCAUCUUGUGGUAACUGUUAUCUUGGUGAUGCUUUCAGAUGUGAAUCAUGUCCAUACAAGGGUUUACCAGCUUUUAAACCAGGCGAAAAAGUUAUACUUGAUUAA